AUGUCAUUCUACCUCGCGAUCGUCUCGCCGCUCGACACGCCGCUCUUCGAAGCGCAGUUCGCCUCGUCAAAGGGCGCGCCGCCGCCGUCGGCGAGCACGACGUCGUUCCCGAGCUGGAGCUCGUUCUCCAACGGCGGCGGCGAGUCCAGCGCGCCGAGCACGCCCGGCGCAGGUGGCGGCGCACCGCCCGGCACGACGCCCGGGCUGGGCGGUAUAGGUGCCGGGAGCGGCGAGAAGCAUAUUCUCCAGAUGGUGGCGCAUGCCAGUCUUGAUGCGGUCGAGGAGGUGUCCGAGGGGACGGCGAGCUUGUAUCUCAAGGCCGUCGACCGGCACAACGAGUGGACCGUGUCGGCGUUCAUCGCGAGCAAUGUCAAGUUCAUCCUUCUGCACGACACCAAGAACGACGACGGCAUCCGGCUGUUCUUUGGCGAGGUGUGGGAGCUCUAUGUCAAGGCCGCCCUCAACCCGUUCCAGACCGUCAACACGCCCAUCCGCAACCCUGCGUUCGACACAAAGGUCCGCGUGAGCGCAAAGCGGUACCUGUAG